CCUCUCUCUCUCUCACUAUAGCUUUCUUGACACUUUUUUGCUUUAUUCUCUCUUUCUCUCCACAAACUCCCCAAGUUUCUACAUGCCCUUCAUUGAAACAUCAGAACCCACAACACCCCCCUCCCCUAUAAAUAAUCCUAGACCCCUUUGUCCCUUCCUCAGGAAAAAAUUCACUUCCCCAGAAAAAAAACCCAAAUCCCCAUCCUCCCUCACCCUCCACUCCCCCCCAACUCUGCUCCAUCGUCUCCUUCUUCCACACCCCAGAGAGAGAUCUCCAGAAAAAUCUCAACUUUGACACUCGCGCAGUCACAGAUCAGACAGACAGACAGAGAGGCGGAAAUGAAGGAGUUCUGGACAUCCCUGGCCUCCCUGCUGGGCGUCCUGGCCUUCUGCCAGAGCCUCCUGCAGAUGGUGUUCCCGCCGGAGCUCCGGUUCGCCUCCCUCAAGUUCCUGAACCGGGCCCUCAACUGCUUCUCCUCUUACUGCUACUACGACAUCACUGAGAUCGACGGCGUCAACACCAACGAGCUCUACAACGCCGUCCAGCUCUACCUCAGCUCCUUCGUCUCCGCCUCCGGCAGCCGCCUCUCCCUCACCCGCGCCGUCAACUCCAGCGCCACCACCUUCGGCCUCUCCAACAACGACUGCAUCAACGACGUCUUUGACGGGGUUGCCGUCCAGUGGGAGCACGUGGUGACGCAGCGCCAGUCCCAGAACUUCUCGUGGCGUCCCCUCCCCGACGAGAAGCGCGGCUUCACUCUCCGGAUCCGGAAGCGCGACAAGGACCUCAUCCUCGACUCCUACCUCGACUACAUCAUGGAUAAGGCCAACGACAUCCGCCGCAAGAACCAAGAACGCCUCCUUUACACUAAUUCGCGCGGCGGGUCACUCGAUUCUCGUGGCCACCCUUGGGAAUCGGUGCCGUUCAAGCACCCGAGCACCUUCGACACGCUGGCCAUGGACCCAGAAAGGAAGAGGCAAAUCAUGGAGGACCUCCGCGACUUCGCGGCCGGGCAGGCCUUCUACCAGCGGACGGGCCGGGCCUGGAAGCGGGGAUACCUUCUCUACGGCCCGCCCGGGACCGGGAAAUCGAGCAUGAUCGCCGCGAUGGCCAAUUUCCUCGGCUAUGACAUCUACGACCUCGAGCUGACGGAGGUGCACUCCAACUCCGAGCUCCGGAAGCUCCUCAUGAAGACCAGCUCCAAGUCCAUCAUCGUCAUCGAGGACAUCGAUUGCUCAGUCAAUCUGUCGAACAGGUCCAAAGCGCCCCACGCCCCCGCGUCCCGGAGCUACUACGACCCCGGUGCGGCCGACGCCGCGCGCGGCGGCGGCGGCGAGGACGGGAACAACAACACCAUCACCCUCUCGGGGCUGCUCAACUUCACCGACGGCCUGUGGUCGUGCUGCGGGAGCGAGAGGAUCUUCGUGUUCACCACCAACCACAUCGACAAGCUCGACCCGGCAUUGCUCCGGAGCGGCCGGAUGGACAUGCACAUCUACAUGAGCUACUGCUCGUACCCGGCGCUCAAGAUCCUGCUCCGGAACUACCUGGGCAGCGAGGCCGAGGACCUCCUGGGCGGGGAUACGGCGGCGGCGGGCAAGCUCCGGGAGGCGGUGGAGAAGGCCAAGAUGACGCCGGCGGACAUAAGCGAGGUCCUGAUCAAGAACCGGAGGAACAAGGAGAGGGCGGUGGGGGAGCUGCUGGAGGCGCUGAGGGCGAGGGCGGAGAGGAACGAGAAGUACGGAGGAGGGAUGAGGGAGGAGCGCGAGCUGAACGGGGUGGCGGUGGAGGAGGAGGAGGAGGAGGAGCAGGAGAAGAGGGCGCUGGAGAGCCCCAAGGAAGGCAGCGACUGCGACGACGAUGCUUCUUGCAAGAAGGUGGAGGACGACGAAGCAGAAGCAGAAGCGGAGGAAGCGGAAGCGGAGAAAGCAAAAUGAGAGGGAAAAAAAAACAAGUCAAUUUGUCCUCUUUUUUUUUAAUUUUCAUUUUCACCUCCGUUUUCUCUCCUUCUUUUCACCUUUUUUUAUUCUCUCUUUUUCUUUUUUGGGCUCAGAAAUGGAAAAAAAAUGGGAAAAAAGCAAAUUUGGUGAAUUUGCUUUCGCGAGGGGCAAAUUGGGUAAAGUUUCAAUUUCGGAAAAGCUCCGAAUUCGUGUCUUAUUAUGAAAUUAAAAAGCUCGCAUGACUCAGCAAAAAUUAUAAAAAUUUAGGGAAUAAAGAUCGUACGACAUGUUUCGAGUUUA